GAGAUCCCUCCGCCCAUAUCACGCUCCAUUUGUUCCUCUUCACUUCUCAGCGGUAACGCUCUGCUCGAUAACGGCACUUCACGACUGUCUGCAUGAACACUUGGUCGCGGUCAUAUUUGGACGUUCCUUGUACCGAGAUUUGCCUCCACCAAGUCUUCCCUCCACGAAUCCAACCCUCCGACUGGAACGACCAGCUACUUGGUCUUCUGCUUGAGCGAAGCCUCGACUGGGCCAAUCGUUCAAACAGGGUUAACUCGAAGACACUACGACUAAGUUCGCCAACAUACCAUAGAGUGUCCUCCCCUCAGACCUGUCCUGCCACGACGCGCCUUAAGACGUUCUCCUCCUGUUCGCAACCCAAAUGCUAGUGUUGAAUUUCACGCCGUCAUAAUGCACGCUUUGGACAAGGAGGAAACAAUGGACGUGGCGUCCGUCCAAGAGCCAUGCCGGCCACGACAUCCGAGCACGUUUCAUGGGCAGAGACCACAGAGCAGAGAUGUCGGAGCAUUUACCAAAGAUGUGGACAGACAUGCUUUACUAGGACAACUGUCUUUCGCUCCCGCUACGCAAACCACUGUUGUCACCACCACGACAACCACGACGACCAGAUUCCCGCCAUUCUUGAUGCGUCCUCCGCGUCAGAUGCAAGAGCUGGAUCUAAAGCACUACCCCCUCGCAGCAAACCCCACACCCGCCAACCUCAAGAAGAUACAAUUUGAAAUCGGAGGAAGACAAACCGUCUUUAGUGAGGCUGAAGACACUUCGCUUGCAUUGGAACAGUUAGAGGAAGAGCAUCGAAGUCUCCGAAGCGCCAAUGGAAGAAUCCGAACUAUCAAGACAUUUCGCCCCUGGUCUGAGAUGCCAGAUGAGGAUUUGACUAUGACAUCGCUGCAUAGACGGGACCAAAAGAGGCCGGCUUCACCAGAAUCCAUCAGUGGCGAUGAAGAUCACAUAGGGCUGCAAGGAUCCGGCUUCGCCUCGAGCCAGCGCGGUGCCUCUGUACGAUCCCACAGCAGACGAGAGCGGCCCGCCGUGCGGUCUUUAUCGAGAGCUCAUGACCUGCAAGACUUGAAUCCGAUCACGCCAGAUAGUAUGCCAAAAGUUUCCCACCAUAGGCGAAUCGACCGAGAUGCCGCCCACACAUCCAGAAGUUCAACCACGCUGCUUCCCUCGCCAAAUAUGGAUCAUCAACCCACAUUUCAAAAUGCUCAGUCUGUUACCUCUAGAGCCAGCCAACACGAUUCGAUGACUCUGGAAGGUGACUCGGGCGUUGAGGGUGAACAAUCAGUACUUGCACGAGACGUGCUUCGAGGAUCUUCUCAAGAAACCGCGGUCCCUACACCUCCGAUUGAUGAAGGCGGUCAAAUACCCACAACUCGGCCGAUAAGCAGACCAGCGCUGUCCUCGGUACCCGCUAGACUGCACGUUGCAGAAAGCCCAUCUGGACAGGAUGGUUCACUACCUAGUCCAUCGUUAUCGCCCGUUACGGCGGCCGCUACUUUGCAACACUCCGGCUAUUUCGCAGACGAUGAUUCAAACUCUGAGGUCGCUUCUCAGCAUGACACGAUUACUGGAAUGAGCGGCGCGGAAAGACCUCUUUCCAACUCUUUCCAUACUCCGCGCAUACCAGAUCACAAUGGCGGAUAUGGGUCCGCCCGAUUUGGCCGAUUCAAAGGUCGCUCCAUUACGGAUAUCCCUGCCAUGCUUGACUACUUUGAAGCCAUUCCUGACGAACUCAAAAGUUAUGUGAUGCACCAACUACUCCGCAGAUGUCCAAAGGCGGCUCUGCAAGUGGUUGCAGAUACUGUCAACCCAGCCUUGAAGUGCGAUUUCCUUACGAUCCUACCGCCAGAACUGGGCCUCAACAUACUAAAAUACCUCGAUCUUAAGAGUUUGUGCAGCGCGGCACAAGUCUCCAAGAAGUGGCGACAAAUGAUCAACAGUGAUGAAAAGGCCUGGAAAGAACUUUUCGACGCCGAUGGCUACACUCUUCCUGAAGGUGAACUGCAAAGAGCAAUCACUGAAGGAUGGGGUUGGCAGGAUCCAUAUGGCUCUGACGGCUAUGAGCAGAACCUCUCCGAUAUGCCGAGCUCGAAGUCCGAAACCGAGGCCAAUGCGUCGUCUCCAUCUACCGUUCCCGCUCCAAAUAGGUUUAGCGGCAUCCUGCGACGAUCGAAACGAAAAGCAGCUACAAUGCUCUCCAAUCGCAACAAGCAUGUCAAACGCACGUAUUCCUCGCGUGAGAAUUCAAUUGACGUCAGUCUCGACUGGUUGAGCCAGGCCUCGAGCGCCGAAGGUCCAUAUAAUGCGGCCAACGCCGCUCUUCUGGCUGUGCCACAACCUGAUGUCGGCCUCCCAAGUCUGAAGGGUCUGCAUCUCUACAAAUCGCUGUAUCGGAGACACCAUCUGAUUCGGAGAAACUGGAUGUUCGAAGACACAAAGCCGCAGCAUAUCGCCUUUCGCGCGCAUGACACCCAUGUUGUGACUUGUCUACAGUUCGAUACUGACAAAAUCUUGACGGGAAGCGAUGACAACAACAUCAAUAUUUACGAAACUAGGACAGGCGUCCUCAAGGCCAUCCUUACUGGUCACGAGGGCGGUGUUUGGGCUUUGCAAUAUGAGGGCAACACCCUCGUCUCAGGUUCAACCGACCGAUCAGUCCGUGUGUGGAAUAUUGCCGAAGCGCGAGAGACUCAAGUCUUCCGUGGUCACACGUCGACUGUGAGAUGCUUGCAAAUCGUUAUGCCCGUCAAGAUUGGCGAGAAUGCCGAAGGCAAGCCAAUUAUGACGCCCAAACAACCACUUAUCAUUACUGGUUCCCGAGACUCCACCCUGCGCGUCUGGAAGCUACCGAGGCCAGAAGAUCCUGACUUGAUCCAGUCGGAGAACGAGGCGGAUGCUGACGACUGUCCCUACUUCGUGCGGACGCUGACUGGGCACCAACAUUCGGUAAGAGCAAUAGCUGCUCAUGCUGACACUUUGGUGAGCGGCAGUUACGACUGCACCGUACGGGUGUGGAAAAUCUCCACUGGCGAGACUAUUCACCGUCUACAAGGCCACACGGCAAAAGUCUACAGCGUGGUCCUGGAUCACGACCGCAAUCGUUGCAUAAGCGGCUCGAUGGACAACAUGGUCCGUAUCUGGGAUCUGCAUACGGGCUCUCUCAAAUAUACCUUGGAAGGCCAUACCUCGCUUGUUGGAUUGCUCGACUUGAACUGCGACAAGCUUGUCUCCGCUGCGGCCGACUCGACCCUACGGAUAUGGGAUCCCGAGAACGGACAGUGCAAGGCCACGCUGAGUGCACACACCGGUGCGAUUACAUGCUUCAAACACGAUGGGCAAAAGGUCAUCUCAGGCUCCGACCGGACGUUGAAGUUAUGGAACAUCAAGACGGGCGAGUGUAUCAAAGACCUUCUUUCAGACCUGAGUGGGGUGUGGCAAGUCAAGUUCAACGAAAGACGUUGUGUUGCAGCCGUACAGAGGGAUGGAUUGACAUACAUUGAGGUCCUUGAUUACGGCGCAGCUCGCGACGGCAUACCCGACCACAACCUCGGCAGACGCAUUGUUGUUGAUGAAUCUGGCUUUGAAGCACGCGCCGAUGAUGACUAUCUUCUAGAAGAUGGUCCGGAUGCAUAGGGCGCGAACGUCCGAACGGAACAUAGGAUGCAUUAGGUGGAGGUGUGGAUUCCACUUCCCUUACAUCUUGCGGUAAUGCUACAGAGCAUUCGCACAAUCACCCGGCGCAUAUUGGAAGGAUUACGAUUCGCUUUUCUCCUGGCACGCCAUUGCAAUGCCUCUUACGACUGUUUACGAGCGCGAGAAUGGGUGCAACUUGGUUACGGAUCGUCAUGUACAGCCUCCGACUCCUGACGAACGAUUGCAUUUUCGGGCGCUAGUUUUGUUUGUUUGGUGCUCACGACUUCAUAUUGAGCUGAAGCAUUUCCAAAAACGACGGGUCUGGUGUCUUGUUUGUGUGCGGCCGAUUGGGAACAUUCUGCAAAUGGCGAGCGACAAAAUGCUGACACGAUGGAGCUUGAGCUUGAGCUGGCUCUUGAACGCUGAGCGCGCGGUUGGACUGGCUAUGCUAUGCUGUGCCGUGCCGUGCCGGACUGUCUGGUGCUACAUGUGCUCUUCAUCUCUUAAGACCACACGGCAUGUAGAUACUAUUGUGUAUGUUUCAGUAGAUAAGUGCCCAAUGCUGUGCUAGAGACCGGUCUGGCAAAUACGAU